AUGAGCGCCGCGAAACGGAGACUCGUGAAGCUGCACGCGCCAGCGAGAAAGAACUUCCCCCGCCGCCGCGUCGCGGUGCGCGGAUACGACGAUCUGUGGCAAGCGGACAUCGUCGAAAUGCGUCCUUACGCCGGACGGAACAGAGGCCACAAUUACAUACUCACCGUCAUCGACGCUCUGAGCAAGUACGCGUGGGCGGUACCGCUCAAGAGAAAGAGCGGCGACGAGAUCGCUCGAGCCCUGUCGAGCGUGACGCGCGCCUCCGGACGUCUCCCGAGGAAUCUGCAGACCGACAAAGGAAAGGAGUUCUACAACGCCGAGGUGCGAAGAUUCAUAGACAGACACGGAAUCAAUCAUUACUCGACGUAUUCUGUGCUGAAAGCGUCCAUCGUCGAGCGUUUCAAUCGCACGCUCAAGAACGAUGUGGAAGUACUUCACGCUGAACGGAACGUACAAGUGGCUCGAUGCGCUGCCGCGUCUAAUAUCCGAGUACAACGCUCGCAAACAUCGAACCAUCGGGAUGCGUCCGAUCGACGUGACGCCCGCUCGAGCGUCGAGACUCCUGUCGACAGUGUACAGCCACCCGAAGAUCGCCGCUCCGGGAAAAUUUCGACCGAACGAUCCCGUGCGCCCGAGGUGCGAAGGACGAAUCCCGCGACGUAUCUGCUGAAGAAUUCGCGCGGCGAGCCGAUAGCCGGCGGAUUCUACGAGCACGAGUUGCAGCGAGUCUCCGAUCCCGACGUGUAUCUCGUGGAGAGAGUGCUGCGCCGAAAGGGCGACGCGGUUCUCGUGAAGUGGCUGGGAAUGGACAGGUCGCAUGACUCGUGGAUCGACAAAGCCGACAUAUUGUGA